AGUCACAUGUUGUGAGCGCCCAUUGAGCUAAGAUCACACAAUCAUAAAAUUUUCAGAUACUCUAUAAGCGGAAAAAAGAUCAAUUCUCUUGCUUUUAAAUUGGGUCAAAAAAGGUGUUUUCAAGAUGGUCUAUAGAAAAUUCUUAAAGAAAUGGUGGAUUAUGAUAGCAGUAUUUUCCUUGCUCACUUCAUCGUUCUACAUCUAUGAAUAUUCACAAAUAAAGAAUAUAAGCUUGAAGACAUUAAUGGAAACUUCUCAGAAUUUAUCAACAGUAUUAAGUCAACAUCAUCCUGGUUCAAAAUCUGGCAAAUGUCGACUUCCAGUACUUGAUCCAUGGCACUCAAGUGUGAAAAGUUUAGUAAAAGAUCCUGGUAAACUUAAAUGUGGAGUUAGUCAGUCGACRUUUGAGAAUAAUACACUGUWUGUGGAUGCAAAUAAUGCAGUGUCUGUGAGUUAUCGUAUCAUUCAACGUCCAGCUGGGGACGAUUUUUCAAGGAGUCUCUCUGAACCCUUUUCGAUAUCCCAACAAACAACUAAUACCAAACCAAGCCAAGUCAUACCAGGUAUAUCUGGAUGUUUAAUCCACAUCGAAAGCAAGAAAUGUUUACAUCCUAAUGGUGGUGAACUCCAACCCAAAGAGGGUACACCAUUAGUGUUCCAUUCAGAUUGUUGCUUUAGACGCAUUGAGUUCAAAAUGGCAGAAGAUAAAAACAUUGUCCAUGUGCCCAGUGGACUUUGCAUAAAUGUGAAGGAUGAUAAAGUUAUUCUUAAUAAGGAAUGCUCAACAAAGUUCACAGUUGACAAUGGUACACUUCACGUGGCUGGGAAAGACCUGUGCUUAGGUAGUGUCGAACGAUUACCUAAAAAUGAUGAAAAUGUAAUGAUGGGAAGGUCUUGUUCACAUGCCUUUGGUCUUGUAACUAUGCAAGGUAAAGGAGUCAAAGCAAGUACACUUAUCAAUGCUGAUUUUAUUCGCGUCGACAUCAAGCAAGGUGAUGGAAAGCCUGACAUUACAGAACUCCAUAUGCAAGCAGCCCCCAAACCAGACGCUCUUAAAAGAGUGCGAAAACCCACAGGGAUCCCGAUCAACAUUGGUUUGAUAAUGUUUGACUCCACUUCAGCUGCGAAUUUUAUUCGUCAAAUGACGAAAACAAAUGAGUAUCUGAAGACAAGGCCAACGAUCUACAUGAAAGGACAAACUAUCGUUGGAGAUGGUACUACAGCCCAGCUCUGCGCAAUGCUUACUGGGAUAGCUGAAAAAGACCAACCAGAAGCAAGGCGUUCCAAACCUAAUUCUAAAGUAGUUGAUGACUGGAGAUGGGUGUUCCGAGACUAUCGUAAUCACGGCUAUGUGACCAUGUAUAGCGAAGAUUCUCCAAACUAUGCUACCUUUAACUAUCGUUUACAUGGUUUUAAAAACCCUCCAACUGAUCAUUACGGCAGGUAUUUCUGGAUGGAAGGUGAACGUCACCGACACAAUGCCCAGUGCGCUGGAAAAGACGCAAUGCAUCGCUUAACUUUCAAAUAUUUCUUAAGCUUCUUUCGUACGUACAAGAAAAAGUCCAAAUUUGGCUUCUUAAAUUUGUCCGAACUCACUCACAAUGCCAUUAAUCCUAUCAAGUUCGCGGACGAAGAUCUUAUGAAAUUAUUACAGACCAUGGAAAAAGAGGACUUUCUAGAAGACACCAUUCUCUUUAUAUUUGGAGAUCAUGGUACCAGAUAUGGAAAAAUAAGACAAACUAUUCAAGGGAAACUCGAAGAACGGCUUCCUCACAUGUCCAUUACUUUCCCAACAUGGUUUCCAAAGAAACAUCCAAAACUAUACGAAGCCGUCCAGCACAAUAGUCAUCUUCUAACAACACCAUUCGAUAUUUAUGCUACAUUACAACAUGUUCUUUCUUAUCCAUCUGCUCCUAAAGGCAUCCAUGUUGGACAGAGUCUGUUUUAUCCUAUUGACGCGAAGAACCGUACAUGUAGUAAUGCCGGAGUUGAAGAUCAUUGGUGUCCGUGUUUGAAUUUUGAAAGUGUUCCCAUAAAUGAACCCAUUGUCAAACGACUUGCCAUUUUCUCUGUUGAAUCAAUAAACAAACAACUUGAAAACGAGGGCAGCAAAGUGAAGUCACUUUGUCAUAAACUAACUUUGAAAGAAAUCCAAAGUGCUUCUCGUGAAAUGCCAAACGAAGUUGUGCAAAAGUUCAAACAGACGAAUCCCAAUCAAAAGUGCGAUUCUUGUGAAAUAGUCCUUGGUGGGAGGGAUGAAAAUACUCUGGCUGAAGACACGGCGUAUCAGAUUCAAUUCAUAACAUCACCUAACAAUGGCUUUUACGAGUCAGGCAUUCGAGUUGAAAAAGGAAAGCCAAGCUUGAUUGGAUUGAUCAGUCGGAUUGACUCGUAUGGGAAUCAACCCGAUUGUAUUGCUCACGAUUUUCCAAAUUUACGAAAAUACUGCAAAUGUAAAUAA